AUGCGACAAAAACAAGUAAAUCCUACUUCUUCUGCCUCAAAGUAUAGGAUGUACUCACCUACAGCCAUGAAAAAUGCUUAUCAAGCAGUAAAAGAAAUGAAGAUACCAAUUAAGACUGCUGCACGGCAAUUUGGUAUUCCGCAGACAACCUUGCGUGAUAGAGUCCUUGGUAGAAUUGAUCCUGAAACAACAUCUUCAGGACCCCAGUCACUUUUAAGUCAAUAUGAAGAGGCCAUAUUUGUUGAACAUAUAAAGGGUAUGGCUCAGUUGGGUUAUGGCUAUUCACGUAGUGAGUUGAUAGACCAAGCCUCUAACUAUGCUACAUUCCUUGGUAAACGAGAUAAGGAACAUCCAUUGAGUGACAGAUGGUACAGGUCUUUCAUGGCCAGGUGGCCUGAACUUAAAAAAGUAAAACCAAGGGCACUUGUGAAUUAUAGGGCACAAGCUACUUCGAAAGAAAAGGUAUCUGACUACUUCAGUAACUUAAAAUCUGCCUUACUAAAAGACAAUUUGAUGGACAAACCUGAGCAUAUAUAUAAUGUUGACGAAAAGGGUGUGCAAACUGAACAUAACCCUCCAUAUGUUAUUUGUGCAGAGCAAUCAACACCUGCAAUCACGUCUGCACUAGUAUUACAACGAUACUAG